CCUCCUGCCGGUCUUCUUCCGAGAAGGAAGCGGAAGUGACGCGCGGAGCCCAGGAGUUGGUGGGAGAGCCGGAAAGCGAGAGGGGGAGGGGCCGGGCCCGGGAGCCGCGGAGCUGCCGCCGCCGCUGUCGCUGUCUCUACCCCUGCCGCCGCCGCACCCCAGGGGGCAAGAUGGCUGAAAUCAGUGACCUUGACCGCCAGAUUGAACAACUGCGGCGCUGUGAGCUCAUCAAGGAGAGCGAGGUCAAAGCCCUCUGUGCCAAGGCCAGAGAGAUCUUGGUAGAGGAAAGCAACGUCCAGAGAGUAGACUCACCAGUUACAGUCUGUGGGGAUAUCCAUGGCCAGUUCUAUGACCUUAAAGAGCUCUUCAGGGUGGGUGGUGAUGUGCCUGAGACCAACUAUCUCUUCAUGGGAGAUUUUGUGGACCGCGGCUUCUACAGUGUCGAAACGUUCUUGUUGCUACUGGCACUCAAGGUCCGCUACCCUGAUCGGAUCACACUGAUCCGUGGCAACCAUGAGAGCAGACAGAUCACCCAGGUAUAUGGAUUUUAUGACGAGUGCCUGAGGAAAUACGGCUCUGUCACAGUGUGGCGCUACUGCACUGAGAUCUUUGACUACCUCAGCCUCUCUGCCAUCAUUGACGGCAAGAUCUUCUGUGUCCAUGGUGGCCUGUCCCCCUCCAUCCAGACACUGGAUCAGAUCCGGACGAUAGAUCGCAAACAGGAGGUUCCCCAUGAUGGUCCCAUGUGUGAUCUUCUGUGGUCUGACCCUGAAGACACUACAGGCUGGGGAGUGAGUCCUCGAGGUGCUGGCUACUUAUUUGGCAGCGAUGUGGUGGCACAGUUCAAUGCGGCAAAUGACAUUGACAUGAUCUGUCGAGCACACCAGCUGGUCAUGGAGGGAUACAAGUGGCACUUCAACGAAACGGUGCUCACUGUGUGGUCGGCUCCCAACUACUGCUACCGCUGUGGGAAUGUGGCAGCCAUCUUGGAACUAGACGAACACCUUCAGAAGGAAUUUAUCAUCUUUGAAGCAGCCCCUCAAGAAACUCGGGGCAUCCCAUCUAAGAAGCCUGUUGCGGACUACUUCCUGUGAAUGUUCCUCCUAUCUCCCCCUGUGCGGCUUCUGGUUUCUAUUCUGACUAGGGUGGGCAGCAUUUUUUCCAAAUUUGGCAGGGUUCAGGUCUCUUUCUCUCCCCCCACUUCCCACUCCAUGCCCCUGGCCCAAUAAAUCCUCCAUUCUGGAUCCUUUAGUCUGAAAUUGGCCAUCUUUCCCCAGAUUGCUGUUUCCCAGCCAAUAUUUGUCUUUUGAGGGCUGCCCUAACUUUUAUUCUCCAUCUAAAAACACUUCUUGGGGCUUCUGGUCACUGGAGAAACACAGAACUAACUCUCUUGCUCCAGAUCAUGCCAUGCAAAAAAAUCAGCCCAGAAAUAGAGAAAAGCUGUAGACCUUCAGGAUUCACUGGCUUCAUAGAGUGUUGAUAGCUUCCUUGUCUAACUCUCUGGCUCAUCUGCAGUGCAUCUCUACCUGCUUGAAGGACUGGAAACUUAUACAAAAGUAUUGGAUAGAGAGAACUGGACUCAGACAUGCAGAUAAACCAGUGGCAAAAAAAAUUAUAUAUCUGAAAUUUAAGGGGGCUAAAUCUCUGGAUUGUUCCUCUGCUUCUGUGCCACUUAGGAGUUAAACCAGGAAGCAACUUUCUGGCCAGCUGACCUUGGAACUCUAUGGGUUUGGUGCCAUUCCAUAGCAUUUAAGCAGAGAACAGGAAGUGCUUCAAAACUUGCUGUAACUGGUUGCUGGAAGACCUGAAACGGUGGUUUCUUGGCACUUCAGUGUAUCGUCUGCUUAAGCCAUCUGGUAUAGUUUGAUCUAGAUUAGGAAGUGGUUGCUCUGUGUGCCGCCUCCUCUCCUCCCUGCUUUCCUCCUUAAAAGCUUUCUGGCUAGUCUCCAGUUUGUUGCACCAGAAAAUCUUGACCAUGCAAAAAUUAGUAAUCCUUCAGAUCACUGGAGGAUCCAAGUACUCUGUGGAAUCCAUUCAACUCUGGUUGAUGAUGGAUUUAUUAAAUCCUUCCUUGGCAGGGCUGUAUCUAGGUUCUACUCCUCCUUGUCCCCCUUUCCUGGGUGGGGAGACUGGGACCACAUCACGCUAAUAACUUUGACCAAUGAGUGUGGCCUCUUUCCCCCACUCUGACAUCCUGCCCACUGAGGGAUGGUGUAUCCAAAUCCCAUCCAUCCCCUCGGGUCAAAGUUCUCCACCCCAUUCCCUUUGUUCCUGUGAAGGGGUACUCCUGUCCAGAAACCUACUUAGAGUUAGAAGGAGGGAACUUCCUAUUACUUUUCCUGUGUCUAGGAGGAGCUUUCCCUUCUAUCUCCCAUGAUUUGUCUCUUGCUCUAAUUUUAUUUUGUUUUCAUUUUGGUUUUUUCCUAUUGACAACUUUUAGAUAAAAAAUUCUAAUAAAACUAAGAAAAAAUUGA